AUGAUUAUCGCUCUGGUUUCCGCGUUCGCCGGCAUAGUAGCAAUCACUGAUGCCGGCGGCCUUGGGAACGAAGGUGAGACGCCCGCGUUUCAUCAUCUUCGUUCUCUGAAUGGCGGCGGGGUCUUGUGUCCAGACAGCAAGGGUAAACAGGAGUUCGGAUACAUACCAGUUGGCACGCUAAAUAGGUACUUCUACGCGGUUAUGGAAGCUGAAGACGUAGAUCCAGCAUCGGCACCGACCUUCUUGUACAUGGCUGGUGGGCCGGGCAUGACUCUCUUCGUUGCAAUGUUGGGAGAGGGCAUCCUGCGAAACCCGCAGCUCAAGAUCGAUUUGAGAGGAGUGAUGAUGUCUUCUGGUAUAGUUGGACCGUACGAGAUAUAUCACGGAGCUUACGUGAUGGCCAAGGAACGGAAACUUCUACCUCAGAAGGAGUCCUGGCUCGAUAUAAUGAAGACUGGCUUGACGAAGUGUGAAGCAGCAGUGGACAAGUGCAAUUCUAAUGGGCCUGGAAAGCCUGCUAAGCCCGGUGGAUAA